CUAAACAAGCUUAGAAAGCAUGUUUUAAUUGUUUCAGAGAGAUUCACGUUCAUGUGGGCUUUAAUUACUAAAAUAUUUUCUCCGUCCGUUAUGACCAACAUCAUAUUACUACUAUAUUAUUUUGCAUCUGAGUGCCAGCUAAUUCAAUUCAGGGGAAAGAAAGAUAAACCAAACCAACACAAGUUGGCUGUACGAGUCAAACCCGAGCCCAGAUCGUGCUUUGGUUCAAAAUCCAGGUAUUUGCUCCAGGCUGUACCAAGGCAAAUGGUCAAAUGGAAAUGUGUUCCGCAACACGAUUUUGACAUACCCUCCUUGGGUGAUCAUCCAUUUGCCAGGCUGCGGGCAUUGGAAGUGGAAAUAAAUGCCUAACUUGAAAAGUCCGAUGAGACUAGGCGACUGGGGCUGGGAGAGUAGUUAUUGAGGGGCAAAAUGCAAAAGAAGAAAAAGGCAAAGGCGGCCAUAGACGUAACCUUUGGCCAACAUCAAAAUGUCAUUUUCAAAAUCACCAAUUUCUCUCUGAUAGUUUAAUGAACUUUCUUCCUCAUAAUAAGAAAGACUCUAAACCAACCAACUUUUUACUUAUAUAUAUUCCUCUCAUUUGAACAUUCUACAAACCAACCAUACCCGGACCGACCCUAGCUAAUUAUAAACCCCUCUCGCUCUCUCUCUCUCUCUCUCGUUCUGCAGGCGGUCAUCAUCUUCCUUUUUUUUUUUUUAAGCCUGCUUUGGAUUUGGAA